GGUAGGUUUCUAUCUACGGAUUAAUACAUAUGUAAAAUGUCAGGUCAUAGUUAUGUUAAUCGACCUGAUGAAUUAUAUGUAAGAUUAUAGGGAAACAUUAGUAAAUAGAGUUUUACUCAAUGAAAAUCGAACUCGUUCUGAUUAGAAGCAUUCUCAGACAAAAGAUCGAUGCCCCCUUUUCCCCACAAAGACAUUUAAAUAUGUACAAGAAUUAGGGAUUGAAGAGUUUUCCCAAGAGGAAAAUAACCUUUUGUUUAUGAUGUUCCUUUCUUAAAUAAAUACCUGUUGACUUUACUGAGUCUAAUAGUCUAUAUGCUUCUCAUAUGAAGACUUUCAAGCCUUAUCAAUGUUAAUAUUUCAAAAAACAAAAUGAUAAUUGAUACUAAUUGUUUGACAUUAAUCGCAAACUCAUCUAAAGAAAACCUCGUAUAACGAGAAAAAUAUAGCAUUGUCAGCAAUAAAUUUAUUUAAGUUAAAAAAAAAAAACUUUUUUUUAGCUGGUACACUUUCAUUCUUAAAUGAAUGUAUUACAUUAGCCAAUUGUAUGGCUGAUAUAGUUGUAAAUGGAAAAGCUACAGCGAAUCUUGUUCAAGAUGCUAUUUUAGCUAAUAAUUGCCGUGAUGCAACACUUUAUUGUAUUGAUCUUUAUACUAAUUAUCAAACAUGUUCGUAA